AUGGAUCACAAAAAAGGGGUUUAUUUGCUUACCCUAUGCGUUUUCAUCCUUUCUUACGAUGCUCUCCUUAUUGCUUAUCUCUUUUAUACUAAAUUCAACGAAACAAUUAUCCAGAUUUUUGGAUUUUUAUUUUUCCUGUUAAGCCUCCUGAUAAACCCUAUAAUCCUAGUAAUCUUUGCCAAGCAAACAACACAGCUUUCAGUAUGUCGCUUUAACGCAAGGCUCAUUAUUUUUGUCCCAGCAGCAAUUUUUUUGGCAAACACAUUUUUAGUCUUCAUCCCUGCAAUUCUAAAAAAAUUAAUGCGUGUUGUGGGUGUUACUGAUACCAGAAUAAUUGCUUAUACAGCAGCUGUUAUAUUUAUUGGAAAAAUAGCUACUACUGGAUUAUUAGAUUAUUCUUUUCCAAUAUGUCUUGCUCAUAUUGUAUAUAUAUUAUAGUUAGAUUUGUGAGACUUAACUAAGACGAAAAUUUUAUUUUGUCAAACUCUUAUUAUUGGGAACAACAUUGCUUCAGCUGAUUCAUUAGAAUAUUUUGAUUUUGCAUUUAUAGCUGGAGAUAUAUUGGUCACUCUCCUUCUCUGCAUUUUUGUAUGCUGCUUUGGCAAGGAUUCCAUAAAAUCUUGUAUGGGACGCUAUUUCUCAUCUCUAGACUUAGAACAAUCACUAUUAUACUUAUUUACAAAGGAUAGCACACUAAGGAGCAUUUUUUGGUUGGCCGGACAAUAGCUGGCUUGCCAAAUUCAUUGGCAUGACAUAUUUUCUGGCUAACCAAAUUUAAGAAUGGAGAACCAAAAAAUGCUCCUUGGGCUCUUGGCAAAUAGGUAUAGAACCUAUUGAAGUUCAGUUUUCUGAUAAAAUCAAGCAGGAAUCUUGUGCUAUUUGCUUAGAACGCUUCACUUAUGGUGAAAUUCUCUCAAAUCUACCCACUUGUGAGCAUUCUUUUCACAAAAAUUGCUUAAAUCGGUGGAUGGAAUAUAAGAAGGCAUGUCCUCUUUGCAGAAGUGAAGGGUAA